UCCGCGUUGGAGGGGUACCUGUGAUGCUACCUUCGCGCGCCAAUCUGCAGUGCACACUCACAGGAUAACUCCCGAGUUGGACAACGAGGGUCGGAUGGAUAGAUAUGGUUAAAUUCAGUGGAUUACACUGUGACGGUUGUUUAUGCAUUCUUACCAUUUACUUACCUAUUCGGUCGAUUCCGCCCGUGGGGUGAGGUGGUCUGUUUGGAGACGCUCUGGAUUGUCUGGAUGUAAAUAGAAGAUUUUGUUCCGCGCACACAUCUCAAAUGACCGAGCGCGGUGUUAUAGGGAGACCGCGUUCUCCAGUCCGCUUCAAGGUAAAAUCAUCGGGCUAAACUUUUUCUGGACGCUGACCUGGGUUUACCACCGUUUCCUCUUACCCGGAUCGCGGAUUUCGAAGCAGAGACCAGUUUUAUUCAUCCGCGGACACAAAAGGAGGCUCUUUGGGAUUAUACUUCGAAAAUGAAGUCCAUUUUAACCCGAGUUGGCGAGCUCUACUUUGUGGUCCUGUGGCUGCAUUCAGUUCCCCUGAUGUCCGGCUGCCCGGCUCCAUGCAUAUGUCACAGCGAGCCCCGGCCCAGCCUGGCAUGCCAGCAGCAGGGCCUCUUCUCCAUCCCCACAGAGAUCCCUGUCCACACCCAGCGUAUCUUCCUCCAGAACAACCGCCUCAGCGCGGUCCGCUCCACCAGCUUCAGCCCCUGCCGGAACCUGACUGUGCUGUGGCUGUACUCCAACAACAUCAGCCACAUCGAGGCAGGGGCCUUCUACGGGCUGGAGAGGCUGGAGGAGCUGGAUAUCGGCGACAACGACUUGCGGAUCAUCAGCCCCACGGCGUUCAGGGGUCUGACCAAGCUGCACACCCUGCACCUGCACAGGUGCGGCCUCUCUGAGCUUCCCGUCGGGGCGUUCCGGGGUCUCUUUGCCCUGCAGCACCUCUACCUCCAGGACAACAGCCUGCUGACCCUCCACGACGACACGUUCUUGGACCUGGCCAACCUGACUUUCCUGUUCCUCCACAACAACAAGAUCAAGACCGUGACGGACCACAUGCUGAGGGGCCUGGUGAGCUUGGACCGGCUGCUUCUCCAUCAGAACAGAGUGACUUUCAUCCAGCACAGGGCGUUUCACGACCUGCGCAAGCUGACCACGCUCUAUCUGUUCUUCAACAACCUGACGGCGCUCACAGGGGAGACCAUGGAGCCCCUAGUGUCUCUCCAGUACCUGCGUCUGAAUGGAAACCAAUGGAUCUGUGACUGCCGGGCCAGAACGUUGUGGGACUGGUUCAAGGGCUUCAAAGGGUCCAGCUCGGAGCUGGAGUGCCAUGUUCCCGCCCGGCUGGCCGGAAAAGAUCUCAAGAGGCUCAAAAGUCCAGACUUGGAGGGGUGCUAUGACACCCCUCACCACACCUGGAUAAGUGUGCUCACCUCCAAGACACGAUCUGGUAAGUUCCACAGCACGGAGAGUCCACUGAGAGCCGGCAUUCCUCGCUGCUGCCUCUCGGACAAUGACAAGUCGUCCAUCAUCUCCAACAAGGGCCUACCAGACCGUAGACAAAUCACCAACAACCCUCUGAAGGAGAAGGAGAACAUGUCCAAAACGAAGGUCCUGGAAGGCGACCCCUUGAAGAACGGUAAUCCGAACAAACAGAGCCUGAAUGAUGGUCCCGACAUCCUGGACCAGGAUCUAGACUCUUCUAAUAACACAUUGGACAGGAAGAGGUGUGUGCAGACUGACAUGUCAGACAUUCAUUGUGUCAAAGAUCAUUGUUCUACCAUGAGAGCGCUAACGGUUAUUUUUAUACCCUUGCUUUUGCUAUCCUUAGACUUCUGUUAGGGAAUACAAAUGGAUAACUUCAGCUAUGUAAGACUGGCAAUCAUGCACAGUGUGUGUGUGUGUCCGUGUGUGUGUGUUAGCCAUGCGAAGUGUCAUGUUGGGAAUGAGAGUGUCAAUGAGAGAUACCAAGAGGAUGCUGUAAAAACUGGACUCACAAAUCUGAAAAUGGAUGCCUUUUUACAUUAUGUCAAUGUUGAUGUACAGUAUAUACUUAAUUGAUUUGUGCCCAGAUUUGACUGUACUGUUUAUUACACCUAGAAAAUCUCUUCUUUCUGAGCGAAAUCUGCCAAUGUUGAUGACCUGGUCAUCACAAAGACUAUAUAACAUGACAAAGCAUCACCAACAAUGUUUUGAGGUUUCCAUGACAACCUCACAGACAUUUGACAGUUUUUAGUUUUCUCCUUCAUCGAGUUUUGUUUAUAAUUUUGAAGUGAUGCCUUGAUUCAAUGAUAUUUUUAUGUUCAACGUAAAAUACUAAACAAAAAAACGAAACAAAAACGAAUGAAUCAAAAAACAAAGUAAGAAGAAAUAUUUUAUGUUUAUAUGUUUUCUAGUCAUGCCGUGAUUUUGGUGCUGCUCAGAGGAGAUUGUCUGUUUGUUCACUGACGUUGCUGUAUAUUAUAAAUAAGCAUUUUAUUUUACUUGUGAGAAGUAUAGGUACCUUACAAAUAAAGUAUUCUCUUUCUUAGA